AGCGGAAGUACAGCUUGUAUCCGUAUUUAAAGGCGCCAACAAAGACUAAUUCAGGAGCAGCUUCACAAACCUGCCAUCUUCACACAUACAUCAUCCAAUAGUACAUUACGGCUUAGUUUAUUUAACGCAUUAAAAUGCCCGAGGAAACAGCAGCUGCUUCAACUGCCGAAAGUAUGGAGGAGAAACCUUGCUCCUCGAGCGCUGCAGACAGCUCCGUCGAUGUUACUGAGGAAGCAAAGAAGCUGAUUGGCACAGGCAACCGGCACUUAGUGAUGGGUGAUGUUGUGUCUGCAGUCAGUGUGUUCCAGGAGGCUUGUGCCAUGCUAGCCGAGAAAUACGGAGACACUGCUGAUGAAUGUGGAGAAGCUUUUUUCUUGUGUGGGAAGGCCCUUCUGGAGCUUGCCAGGAUGGAGAAUACAGUGCUCGGUAAUGCUUUAGAGGGAGUCCCAGAAGAAUCCUCUGAAGAGGGCGAGAAACAAAAUGACUCUAAGAUUGAAAGCGCUGACAACUUAGAUGAGAAAACCAGAGAUGAGCUUCGAGCACAGGUUUAUGAUGCCAUGUCAGAAGACAACAAAACUCAGUCAGAGGUAGGAACGGAGGUGGGGGAAGGUGAGCAGAAGAACCAAAAGGACGAUAAGGAAAAUCAGAAGGAAGUUGAAGUGCCAAAGGAAGUGGUUGCAGCAUUUCCUAAAAUUGAGAAACCAGCUGAACACGAGGCAAAACCUGCUGAAAAUGAGGAGAAACUAGCUGAAAAUGAGGCAAAACCUGCUAAAGAGAAACUAGCUGAAAGUGAGGCAAAACCUGCUGAAAAUGAGGAGAAACUAGCUGAAAGCGAGGCAAAACCUGCUGAAAAUGAGAAACUAGCUGAAAGUGAGGCAAAACCUGCUGAAAAUGAGAAACUAGCUGAAAGUGAGGCAAAACCUGCUGAAAAUGAGGAGAAACUAGCUGAAAGCGAGGCAAAACCUGCUGAAAAUGAGAAACUAGCUGAAAGUGAGGCAAAACCUGCUAAAGAGAAACUAGCUGAAAGUGAGGCAAAACCUGCUGAAAAAGGUGAGAAGUCAAAUGGUGUGGAUGAAGGUGCAUCUAAAAAGGAGGAUAUCACGGUGUCUAAUGGAGUAACCCAAAAGGCUGAAGAUGAAGAGGAGAAAAAUGGAAAUGAAGAUACUGAAGAACCCAUGGAAGAGGAUGGUGGAGAUGACGAUGAUGAGGAUGAUGAAGAUGAGGAUGCCGAGGGUGAGACAAAGGAUAAGGAAAGUGAGGAGGAUGAAGUUGGAAACCUGCAGUUGGCCUGGGAGAUGCUUGAGGUCGCAAAGGUGAUUUAUAAAAGAAAAGACGGCAAAGAAGAUCAGCUAAUGGCAGCACAAAUUUACCUGAAACUUGGAGAAGUUGGAGCUGAAUCAGGUAACUACAGCCAGGCUCUGGAGGACUUCAAUGAGUGUUUAAACUUGCAGCUGAAACACCUUCCCUCUCAUAGUCGUCUUUUGGCUGAGACUCAUUACCAGUUGGGCACAACUUACAGCUACACAGCCCAGUACAGCCAAGCCAUUAAGCACUUCUCCAACUCUAUCAAAGUCAUCGAGAGCCGUCUUGCUAUGCUUCAGGAGAUGAUCGACAAAGCGGAAGGUGCAGAGGCAGCAAAGGAGGAAAAGAAUGAGCUUGAGGAGUUGAAACAGUUACUGCCAGAAAUUACUGAGAAGAUUGAAGAUGCCAAGGAGAGCCAGAGGACGGCUGCUGCAGCUUCUGAGGCCAUCCAUCAGACCCUUGCAGGAGCAUCCACUUCAUCUGCUUUUCCAGCUGAAAAUGGUGGCCCAUCUUCAUCUACUGCUAGUCAGAUUCCUGUGGGGCCUACUGAUGGUGCAUCUUCCUCAAAAUCUGCAUCUGAUAUUUCUCACCUUGUCCGCAAAAAGAGGAAACCAGACGAGGAGAGUCCAAAAAAGGACAGUGAUGCUAAAAAGACUAAACAGGAGACCUCAGUUAAUGGCAGCGAUGACUCCGCCCACAACGGCAAUGGAGUCCAGGAGAAAAUGGAGCAGGAGUCAGCCAAUUCUUCUGUGGAGACCUCUGCGUGAUGGACAUCCUCUGAUUGACCACUUACCUUCCAACCAGCAGAGCAUGUCUGCCUCAUACUGUCCAUGAACAACUUUUGUCUCUUUGUUCUGUAAAUAACCGGUUUUCUUUGUCCACCUUUUGUAUAAUUGUAGUAAACUUUCAAUAAAGGAUAUUUGCAUAUGUGAA